CAGAGAAUAAUAAUAUAUAUAAAUAUUUAUAUACACGUAUAUAUUUGUUUUUUUUUUUUUAAAAGCUGCACUCUACAAAAAUUGGUCAAAAUGCGGAUAUUUCCAGCCCGAUUUUCAAACAUAACGAAAAUGUUAGAUUUUUAUUCGCAAUUCAAUCCAUCACCGCUAUCCAUUAAACAAUUCAUUGAUUUCGGUCAGAAUGCCUGCGAAAAGAAAUCAUUUGUUUUUUUAAAAAAAGAACUUCCAGUACGCUUGGCAAAUAUUAUGAAAGAAAUCGCUCUGUUACCUGAUGAUCUGUUGCACACGCGAUCCGUGGGUCAUGUUAGUUCGUGGUACGUGAAAAGUUUCGAAGAGGUUUUACAAUUUGAAAAAGCUGAUCCAACACAUGAAAAUUUGCAAUUAUUCGUUAAUGUUUUGGAGCAUAUACGCAAUCGUCACAGUGAUGUGGUACAAACCAUGGCUCAAGGCGUUAUUGAAAUGAAAGAGACUCAAAGUGAUGCUGUGGAUUCUUCUAUGGAAGCCUCGAUACAAUACUUUUUAGAUCGCUUGUAUAUGUCGCGCAUUAGCAUACGUAUGCUAAUUAAUCAACAUACAUUACUGUUCGGCCAGUUUCCGAAUGAUCAGGGAAGACACAUUGGCUGUUUGGAUCCCGCGUGCCAAAUAACGAAUGUGGUGACUGAUGCUUAUGAGAAUGCUCGAUUUUUAUGUGAUCAAUAUUACUUGACAAGUCCACGACUGGAGAUACAAGAACACAAUAAAGUGGACAAUGAAAAGCAGCCCAUACGAACUGUAUACGUACCGUCGCAUUUGUAUCAUAUGCUAUUUGAAUUAUUUAAGAAUGCAAUGAGAGCUGUCGUGGAACAUCACGAUCAAGAUACUAGCGAUAAAUUGCCGCCAAUUAAAGUGUUAGUAGUUCGAGGUAAAGAAGAUAUCUGUGUAAAGGUUUCCGAUCAAGGCGGUGGUAUUCCACGCUCACAAAGCGAUCAACUGUUUAAAUAUAUGUAUAGCACCGCUCCUCAGCCAUCAAAAUCUGAUUUGCAUACAGUACCCUUAGCUGGUUAUGGUUACGGUCUGCCGAUAUCACGUCUCUACGCUCGUUAUUUUCACGGUGAUAUUGUUUUGCUAUCAUGUGAAGGUUAUGGGACUGAUGCCAUUAUUUAUUUAAAGGCAAUAUCUGAUGAGGCCAAUGAAUUGUUACCUAUUUUUAAUAAAACAAGUUCAAAAUUCUACAGAGCAACGAUACCCACCGGAGACUGGUCAAAUCAGGUAAAAAAUACGAAAAAGAAACAGAGCGCGACAGAGCAGAGCGCUGCACAAGUAUCAAGCUGAAAUGCAUUGAAUUGAAUGAACUAAGUUUUGAUUGUUGACGAAAUGCUUUCCCAAAACACCCUUC